AUGCUGGUGUCCCUGCAGCUAACCACGCGCCGGUCGCACCAGGAUCACGCUUACAACAUCGGCCACGUCGGAGGGGAUUAUGAUUGGCGAGUGGACAUCAUGCCGCCCCUGGCCCUGUCGAUCCGUGCGGCCGGGGCACAGACUGCAUUUAGCAAGGGGAGGUUGAAGCGGUUUGGUGGUGAAACGAGCUCCGUGCCAGGGCUGGUGUGGCCGGGCCAAAUUUCUGCUGGGAAGCUUGGCGGAGUAGAGACUCGAAGCCCGCUGUUUCAGUGGGAUUAUGAUCGCGGAGCAGUACGGCGUCACGAUCCGCCUGGUGGGCUUCGUUUCGAUCGUGCUUCACGUGGGGCGUGGUAUUGUUCACCAGAUGGUCCUGACGGAUGUGUUGUACGAAAAGUGCAUGGACACGUCGAAUCACCGUCCUCUUGGGUACCAGAGCGUAUGACCCCGAAGCAGUCUCCCUCUGGCGCCCUCCAUACCCAGGGCAAGGGCAUGCUUGCUCCCUUCCCUCGACAGGGACAGGAUGACUAUAGUAUGGACCCUUCGACCGUAGUCUAG